GAGAGGGACCGCCCGCGAUUGCUACGGCCUCCAUCGCAGCGAGCUUGAAAGCGUGCUUGCCUGCCAUUUCCAGCUUCCAAUUCCUUUUCUUCUUCCACCCCCUCCACCUCCACCCGUUCCACCACCCUCCCGUCCCUCUUCUCCACGACGACGCGCGUCCAUCCGUCCACUUCGUGCUCGCCCAUUCCAGCCCCGACGGCCCGACCGUGGAUGCUUCCGGGCUGGUCGCUAGCCCGAGCCGGCGGCAGCAGCAGAGCGCGGCCCGGCGGUCGGCGGCAGCGGGAGAGAAGAAAGCGCGUUUCUUUGCGCCCUGUGCAGGAAGUUAACCAGUCACGGAGAUGUGGGAGUGAAGAAGGUUGUAACAAGGUUUUUUCUUGAUCUUUGAAUGAAGGAUGGAGUACCGUGCUUUGCAGCUCGGCGUGGUGCUGGCCUUUCUGCUGGCCGCUGGCUCACAGGGGGUGAGCCAUGAAGGCUGGCUUCUCCUGGCGCUGAAGAGCCAGAUGAUUGACGCUUUGCACCACCUUGACAACUGGAACCCGAGGGAUCCAUCGCCGUGCGGCUGGAAGGGCGUAAACUGCUCGUUGACGUCCACGCCAGUGGUGGUUUCUCUCAACCUCAGUGGCAUUAACCUGUCAGGCAUCAUCGCGCCUAGCAUUGGCGGUCUGUCUGAGCUGACGUAUCUUGAUCUAUCCUUCAACGGGUUGUAUGGCGCCAUCCCUGCAGAGAUUGGGAAUUGCUCGAAGCUGGAGGUGCUUAACUUGAACAAUAACAAUUUUGUUGGUACAAUCGCCCCUGAGCUCGGGAGGCUAGCUAAGCUAGUCACUUUUAAUCUGUGCAAUAACAAGCUCCAUGGUCCAAUACCUGAUGAGAUUGGCAAUAUGGCAUCACUCGAGGACUUGGUAGGGUACAGUAAUAAUCUCUCUGGUUCUAUACCUCGUUCUAUUGGCAAGCUGAAGAAUCUGAGGACUGUUAGGUUGGGUCAGAAUCUCAUAUCAGGCAACAUUCCUGUCGAGAUAGGUGAAUGCCUAAACAUUACCGUGUUUGGUCUUGCACAAAACAUGUUAGGAGGUCCUUUACCUAAAGAGAUUGGGAAGUUGAGUUUCAUGACAGACUUAAUCCUAUGGGGGAACCAGCUUUCUGGUGUUAUUCCUCCAGAGGUUGGAAACUGUACAAAUCUCAAGACAAUUGCCCUCUACAAUAAUAAUCUAGUCGGUGCUAUACCUGCAACUAUUGGGAACAUCAGAUAUCUUGAGAAACUAUACCUUUACAGGAACUCAUUAAAUGGUACAAUUCCAUCUGAAAUUGGGAAUCUUUCUCUUGUGCGAGAGAUUGACUUUUCAGAGAAUUCUUUAACUGGAGGGAUACCAAAAGAGUUAAGCGACAUACCAGGCUUGUAUUUACUCUACCUCUUCCAGAACCAGCUUGCAGGCUCUAUUCCUACAGAGUUGUGUGGGUUGAGGAACUUGAGUAAACUUGAUCUCUCGAUCAAUUCACUCACAGGCCCCAUUCCAUCUGGAUUUCAGUACAUGAGAAAACUAAUCCAAUUGCAACUCUUCAACAAUAUGCUAUCAGGCAGCAUACCUCCAAGGUUUGGCAUCUAUAGCCGACUUUGGGUGGUGGAUUUCUCGAAUAACAAUGUUACAGGGCAGAUACCUAAAGAUCUCUGCAGGCACUCAAACCUUAUUUUGCUGAAUCUGGGAUCUAACAUGCUUACUGGGAACAUUCCACAUGGGAUCACCAACUGUAAACCCUUGGUGCAGCUUCGUCUUGGUGACAACAGUUUGACAGGAAGCUUCCCCACUGAUCUCUGUGAUCUGGUAAAUUUGACAACAAUUGAGCUAGGUCGAAACAAGUUUAGUGGCCCUAUUCCUCCUCAAAUAGGCAAUUGCAAAUCUGUGCAAAGGCUCGACCUUACAAAUAACUAUUUUACAUCAGAGUUGCCCCAAGAAAUAGGUAAUUUGUCAAAGCUCGUUGUCUUCAAUAUCUCAUCUAAUAGACUAGGAGGAAGCAUACCAUUGGAAAUUUUCAGUUGCACAAUGUUGCAACGCCUUGACCUUAGCCAGAAUAGCUUUGAAGGUUCAUUACCAAAAGAAAUUGGUGGACUGUCACAGCUGGAGCUGCUGUCCUUUGCUGAUAAUAGGUUAUCUGGACAGAUACCGCCUAUUCUUGGUAAACUUUCACAUUUGACAGCACUUCAGAUUGGUGGCAAUCAUUUGUCUGGUGGAAUACCAAAGGAGCUGAGCCUGCUCUCGAGCUUGCAGAUUGCCAUGAAUUUAAGCUAUAAUAACCUCUCUGGUAACAUACCAUCAGAGCUUGGCAACCUUGCAUUGUUGGAAAAUUUGUUUCUCAACAACAACAAGCUGACAGGUGAAAUCCCAGCUACAUUUGCAAAUCUGUCCAGUUUGCUUGAGCUCAAUGUCUCCUACAAUGAUCUCACUGGUGCUCUUCCCCUGAUACCGCUUUUUGAUAAUAUGUCUGUGACCUGCUUUAUUGGAAAUAGAGGACUAUGUGGUGGACAACUUGGUAAAUGUGGAUCCCAGUCAUCCUCGACUUCCCAGUCAUCCAAUUCAGUCAGUCGCCCUUUGGGCAAGAUCAUAGCAAUUGUGGCUGCUGUUAUUGGAGGAAUUUCCCUUAUUCUUAUUGCCAUUAUUGUGUACCAUAUGCAAAAACCACUAGAGACAGUAGCUCCCUUGCAAGGCAAGCAAAGUUUUUCAGCUGGGUCUAACAUGCAUGUUUCUGCUAAGGAUGCGUAUACAUUUCAAGAAUUGGUCUCUGCUACAAACAAUUUUGAUGAGAGUUGUGUUAUUGGAAGGGGUGCUUGUGGAACAGUGUACAGAGCCAUCCUGAAGCAUGGACAGACAAUUGCAGUAAAGAAGCUUGCUUCUAACAGGGAAGGGAGCAACACGGACAAUAGUUUUCGUGCAGAGAUCCUGACUCUUGGAAAGAUAAGACAUCGAAAUAUUGUGAAGCUGUAUGGUUUCAUCUAUCACCAGGGUUCCAACCUUCUACUGUAUGAGUACAUGCCAAGAGGCAGUCUUGGUGAGCUACUUCAUGGACAAUCAUCUUCUUCACUUGAUUGGGAGACGCGCUUCAUGAUAGCCCUUGGGGCUGCUGAAGGGCUCUCAUACUUGCAUCACGAUUGCAAGCCUCACAUCAUUCACCGUGAUAUCAAAUCCAAUAACAUACUACUUGAUGGGAACUUUGAAGCUCAUGUUGGUGACUUUGGGUUGGCAAAGGUGAUGGACAUGCCAUACUCAAAGUCAAUGUCUGCAAUUGCAGGUUCAUAUGGCUAUAUAGCACCUGAAUAUGCAUACACCAUGAAGGUUACUGAAAAAUGCGACAUAUAUAGCUAUGGCGUCGUGCUGUUGGAGCUGCUCACUGGGCGUGCACCUGUGCAACCCUUAGAACUGGGAGGUGAUCUGGUUACAUGGGUAAAGAAUUACAUCAGAGACAAUUCUUUGGGUCCAGGGAUUCUUGAUAAAAAUUUGGAUUUACAAGAUCAAAGCGUUGUCGAGCAUAUGAUUGAGGUCUUGAAAAUCGCUAUGCUAUGUGCCAAUUUGUCUCCAUAUGAGAGACCACCGAUGCGGCAUGUCGUGGUUAUGUUAAGCGAGUCUAAAGAUAGGACCAGAGUGAGCUCUGCAUCCUCACCUGCUUCUGAUCAUUCUUCAAAGAAGGAUAAUUCAUGAUGUAUUUACAUGUUCAGUUAGUCAAGGCAAUACCUCAUUUUCUCCCUUGUUACUGAUAGUAGGAUGUUAGCGGUCUGCAUUCAUUCUUUGUCAGGAUUUUUCUAGUGAGAUAAAUAAUAGUAUAAUACUGAUUCAUACAGUGUCAUCUUGUA